AUGGCACGGCCUACAGGAACGAACGCAGAGGCCAGUACCAUCGGGAGUUCCAUCUGCGCCGAGCGUGCGGCCAUGUGCAAGCUUCGCGAGGAGAGCAACUGCAAACGCGUGACGAAGGUUGUCGUCGUUACGGACCACCAACACCCUUUGGCGCCCGGCGUGUUGUGCAGGGAGUUCCUCUCUGCCCACCUCUGUCCGUCCACUCCGGUCAUCAUGUCCGGCUCCGGCGAAGCCAUUGUCCCGGGCGGGCUGCUGUACGAGGAGCCAAACCUCAAGCCUUCGCCGGAUUCGGCUAAGAAUGGCGGGGGUGCUACCGGCUCAGGAGCGCUCGUUGCUGGGGAGGCGGCGGUAGAUACCUGCGGCUGCGAGGCAGCACCACCAGCUGGCGACGGGAGACACGCAGGGGCAGCGACACCGGCUGCGGCAAGUCCUUCUCCUUCCUCUUCGUGCGAUACACGCAUCUUAGCGGCGAGUGCCGGGAAGGGCGAGGGAGAAGGGCGAGUCCAGUCAGGAGGAAACGAGGGAGCUGCGCCUGCGCCGGUGGAUGUGUCCACCGUCGGACAACUGUACCCGUGGAAGAACAUGUACGGGGUCACGGAGAGAGGAGAGCAGCUUAAGCUUGGCUUCCUGGCGCAGCAGAAAGCGGAAGAGUUGUCGGAUCCGAACCUGGCAGAGCGAGUAGGGCUAGAGAGCGGUGUCGUGGAAGCCUACGACGCCGCGUGGAGAGCAACUGCCGGAGACGACAAAGACGAUAUUCAUCCCAUAAGGUACGCGGCGGUGGCCCUGUUCUCUGAUGGGGAAGCUGAGAUAACUCACCAGCUGAAGGCCUUCGAGUACGGCGCAUCUCUAGACCCGGUGACUCUUCUCGCUCCCGCGAUGAUGAGGCGUGCCAAGGAUGGGAUACGGACUUCUUGGGUGCUUUUGGUUGACCAAUUCGGCAACUUGCAUGCGCCAUUCGCCCAAGCCCGGACGUUUCUUUCUGAGCAUGGGUUCGGAGAGACGAAAGUCGCCAUCCACGAGGCAGGCGGCGGCGUGGUUGUGAUCAAGGCCAAAGCUCUCCUUGAGGUCGCGCCCGAGAGUGAUGAUCAGCCGGCACAGGCACGACAGUGAGCAGGGAUAUGGGUGCGUGGCCAUGGAGAAGACGAUGAAGCAUGCGAGCAAUUCGGAGGAAGGGCCAAGGAUACGGUACCCAGCGACUCUAACUCUGCCCUGCAAGCACGUGCGCGUCGAUGGAUCUGGCGAAGCACGGCGGUUCCACGCUGGUGUCUACACGAGUGCCUUCUCUCAACAGUUCAAUCCGUGAGACCCAAGCCUUCCGCGCGCCGCCCCUCGCCACCCCCCGUUACCGUCAGCGUCGGCAGACAUCAGCGCGUUCGAGCUCCAUCUGCAGCAGCUGUACCUCUACUACAAGGCGAGGCGAAGGCGAGGGCAGGCCGUGCUAGUUGUGUCUUCAGCCUGGGCCUGCUACAACGUUAGCGUCUGGGUCAGGGGCUGGAUGGAAUCGGGCGGUCACUCGUGGUUUCUGCUGGUGAACACCGUGGGCAGCGUCUUCCUAGUGAGUGCUUGCUUGAAGUCCACUUAUCGAGACAGCCAGCUCUACGUGCCGCACAGGUACGAGGAGAGCUCGAACGGCAUUCUAAGUUUGCUGGGGUUGUGCUUCGCCGGAGGAAAGGAGCGCUCGCUCCGAAGGCGGACCGUGCCUCCGCCAACCAAAGCGAGGGGUGGGGGCAGCGGGGACAACAACCGGGAUGAUUCGGGCAGAGGGAGAAGAAAUCGGUGACAAGCGCGUGCGCUGCAGAGCUAGGCGUCCCCCCUCCUUUCCAAGCGCCUGGGCAGCGGCAUUCCUUCAACACAGCAGCCCGCCUUGCUUGUGCCUUGUGUUUGUGGGCUUGGGGUUGUUGUGUCGUUCUACGAUCAUGAGCGGUUCGCGGCUAGUGGCAGAGGGGGCUUCGCUGACACCCACGGAGAGCACGAUGAGUUGGACGUUAGUUUGAAACAGCAGCGUCAUAGUUCUCGGCGUGUUUGUGUGUGUGCUUUGCAACACGCACUCAGGCGGCAACAUAAUUCUGAAACUGCUGUGUUUUUUC